ACCGCUAAAUAUAAUGGCGGUUUCUGGAAAAAGAAAAAUGGCGCUCUAAACCCCUCGAAGUCUGGUAAAACCCUAGAAAAUUUGAGAAAGCAAACUCAGUCUCUCCUCUCUGCAGACGACGAGAGCUCGCUCUUCCCCAGUUCUUCAGAGCCAAGUUUUGUCUUUUGAAGGAAGAAACCUGAGUUAGCAAGCAAAAUGGUGGAAGGGAUUAGAGACUUCACUGCUAUAGUCGAGAGAGAUGGUGUUCACCAACCUGUUCUGGAUGCGCAGAAUGGCGAGGAGCUGAUGCAUGUUCAGCCUGGUGUUUCUAUUGUCCUCGGUAGUCACCCUCCUGAGUCCCCUGGCACUCUCUAUAUCUCCACCAAGCAAGUGAUUUGGUUGAGUGACACUAACAGGGCCAAAGGUUAUGCGGUGGACUUCCUGUCUAUAUCACUGCAUGCUGUAUCCAGGGACCCAGAGGCGUACACCUCUCCUUGCAUAUACGCUCAGAUUGAAACUGGAGCUGAUGAAGAUGAGUCAGAGGGCUCAGAUUCAGAAUGCAAUGGUGUUUUAGAUCUGUCCAAGAUUACAGAAAUGAGGCUUGUUCCUUCCGAUCCUAACCAAUUGGAUUCUUUGUUUGAUGUAUUUUGUGAGUGCGCUGAGCUGAAUCCUGAACCAACUGAAGAAAAUGAAGAAGAAGAGCAUAAUUGGAUAUUUAGUGCUGACCAGUUGGAAGAUGAGGCAACAGGAGAAGAUUCUGAGCCUUCAAUUGCAAUUGGGCAAUCUAAUGGGGAUCAUGACCUAGCUCGUACUGUGCUUGAGCUUCAGAUCAAUGAUCAACGCUUUGAGGAUGCAGAAGAGAUGGAGCAUGAGACUGACAGUGCACAGCGCUGAUCUUUCUCCUAUCAAUACUUGGUUUUCAAACCUUUAACCCGUACCAUUUUAUGCCUGUGCUCCGGAGUCUUGCUGUAUAUGUCAAGAGUUAUCAUAACUUGUUGUCUUGUCAUCGUACCUAUAUAUGUAUUUUGUUAGUAGAAUCUCUAUGGAAAUUUUUUUACCAAGGGUUCCUUUGAGAAUGUUGUUGCUCAAUUUCUGGAUUAUUCUGAAA